CUAAAAUUUAUAUUGCAGCUGGUCAUUCGGUUUUUGGGGUAACAGAAAUUUGAACACCCAUUUGUUGCCCAGUUCUUCAGCGGAACCUUGAUUUCCGAAUCUGGCAAACAAAAAAUCUGAGAAAAAUGUCCAAAAUUCACCAAUCCAUCACAUUCACAUGUCUAUUGUUGAAUUGAACUGUUAUGAAACCUCCGAGAAGAACAGUCACCUCUCACCUCCUACUCAGAAACCCAUCAACGUAUUCAAGAAAUCAUGAAAAAACCCCUUUUCUAAUCCCUCGCUUAUCGCCACCUGAAUCAGCUCAAUCCCAAAUCCCAUCAAGAACACGCCUUUCAUCCCCCAAGAUUCUUCCUUGCCCAUCCCUAAUUCCAAACGGCAUCAAGUUUAACAGUACCCAUCUUCUCAAUUCGCUAAACCAAUCAAAACCCACCAUCAAAAUCACGCGCUCAAGCUAUAUCACCCCGGAAAAUGGAUCGUUAUUCGCCAAAGCUCUUAUCCCUAUUGCAAAACCAGGUCCCAUUUCCAAUCCCUUUCGUUUUAGCCAAAUGGCCUGUAAAUUUGCUCAAAAUCGAUCAUCGUCAUCUGCAAAAUCGUGCCCUUUUGCUUCGGAUUCUGUCCCUGUUGUUGAUACUGUAAGUUCACCGAACGCGGGCUCGGAUCCUAUUGAUGCGGGAUCUUCGAUAAGAAAGCCCAUCAGCUUAUGGCCCGGAAUAUACCAUUCACCUGUGACAAAUGCAUUGUGGGAAGCAAGAUCGAGUAUUUUCGAGAGGCUGUCGAAUGCACAAGAAAGUGAUCCCCCACAGAGUGAGUUGAUCUCAAAAACUCCAUCUAAGAGUAGGACAAGCGUUCUGUAUAAGUUUUCUAGUGAUUAUAUACUCAGGGAGCAGUACAGAAAUCCUUGGAAUGAGAUUAGGCUUGGGAAGUUGCUUGAAGAUCUUGAUGCUUUAGCUGGAACUAUAUCCUUUAAGCAUUGUUCCAGUGAAGAUAGCUCCACAAGGCCCUUAAUAUUAGUUACAGCUUCUGUGGACAAGAUGGUACUCAGGAGACCUAUUCGGGUAGAAAGAGAUCUAACAAUAGCUGGUGCUGUUACUUGGGUCGGGCGAUCAUCCAUGGAGAUUCAAUUGGAAGUCACUCAGCCCUGUGAAGAAUUAUCCGAUCCCUCAGAUGCACUUGCUCUCACAGCAAACUUCACCUUUGUGGCCCGUGAUUCCAAGACUGGAAAGUCAACUAUGAUUAACCAAAUCUCUCCCGAAACAGAAAAGGAAAAAUUGCUUUGGGAAGAGGCUGAACAAAGGAACAAAUCCAGGAAAAAGAAGAAAGGGCAACAGAAGAAAGAAAUUAGCGACGAGGAAUUGAAGAGGCUCAAUGACUUGCUGUCUGAAGGCCGAGUUUUUUGCGACAUGCCGGCUUUAGCAGACAAAGAUAGUAUUCUUAUAAAGGAUACUUGCCUUCAGAACUCUCUAAUGUGCCAGCCACAGCAAAGGAACAUUCAUGGUCGGAUUUUCGGAGGGUUUUUAAUGAGAAGAGCUUUCGAGCUAGCCUUUGCAACUGCUUACUCAUUUUCUGGCAGUGCGCCUUGUUUUCUGGAAGUUGAUCAUGUAGAUUUCCUUAAACCGGUUGAUGUUGGGAACUUUCUACGUUUCAAUUCUUGUGUGUUGUUUACUGAACUUGAGAAUCCAGCACAACCGAUGAUUAAUGUGGAAGUUGUGGCUCACGUUAUGAGGCCUGAACAAAGAUCUAGUGAGGUAUCGAAUAAGUUCUACUUCACAUUCACCAUCAACUCAAAUGCACUUAAAAACGGUCAGAAGAUUCGGAAUGUCGUCCCUGCAACUGAGGAGGAAGCCAGACGAGUUAUCGAACGUAUUGAUGCUGAAAAGUCGUAGAAACUUCCAAUUCUUUAUACGGUUACCACAUUAGCUAAAUGUAGGCAUUGAAGGUUUGUUUUGAAGUCUAGUUCGUUUGCCAUUUCAAUAGUAAGGGUGUGUUUGGAUACAAAUAUAUCAGCUCAAACUAAGUUUUUUUUUUAACCAGAGAUAAUUUUGAAAAUUGUGGUAUAGUUAGUUGUUAAUGAAAUUUUGAUUUUAUUUUAAAAUAAUAUUUAAAAUAAAAAUAAUUAA